GAGAAAGUAGUAAUCCAUAAAGCAAUCUAACAAUCAUGCUUAAGAUUGUUGUGAGGAAAGUAUUGGGCAGCAGCUGAAAGAUAGAGCUACUUUAGCCUAGCGAAAGCUUUCUAAGGGCAAAUCCUUUGGAAUCAAGAUGAUUAUCACAGAAGAUGAGGGGAUUGAGACAUCACUGGACAUGGACUGGGUAGCCUCAUUGGAGAUGAAGGUGUCGGACACAAAAAUUAGGCGCAGAAAUAGAGAGCCAACAAUAUAUAGAGUACCGGAUACCUUGAAAAUGGUCGACCACGAAGCCUAUGAGCCAAGGAUCGUCUCGCUCGGCCCCUACCACCGCGACAAACCUCAUCUACAGGCCAUGAAUCAGCUCAAAUGGAAGUACCUCAAGUUUGUCCUCCAUCAGAACACUGGUAUGGUCAUGAAGGACUAUGUGGGUCUGAUCAAGAAGCUGGAAACGCGAACACGCGAUGCCUAUUCGGAGGAAGCGAAGAUGGACAGCAAUAGUUUUGUGGAAAUGAUGUUGCUGGACGGAUGCUUUCUGAUGCUUACAAUAAUAGGGUACGACUUUUCAGAAGAAAGAUGGACUAGAAAUGUAGCAGUACGAGAUAUCUUGAUGCUCGAAAACCAGCUUCCUUUCUUUCUUCUUGAAACUUUGUAUGAAUCUGCAUUUCCUCACUUCCACCGCGAUCACUUUCGACGUCUAACAGUCAAUUUCAUCGGCAAGCGUUUCUCAAGAAACUCAAGUAGCUUUGUACUUCCCUCCGACAAUGAGACUUUUCACCACAUAAUUCAUCUUAGUCUUUCUUGCAUUGAUCCGACAACAAACCAUGGCAAUGGCAAUGACGGCAAUGGCAAUGGCAAUGGCAAUGACAAUGGCAAUCAUUCCUCCACAUUUGGCUUCCUCUGCAACUCUAAGCUAGUUAAAACAGUAUUCGUGUCGUUGCCAUCAAAGCUGCGCUCGUCUUUGUUACCGCUGGUGAACAAGAUACGCACUUGUCGAGAUGCUAACCCCGAGAAGGAUCUCUUCGUCUCUGCCUUUCCAUGGAUUCCCAGUGCUACAGUCUGCAAUGAAGCUGGAAUUUACUUCAAAAGAAAACAGAAAGCCAAGAGUUUCCUGGACAUUACAUUUCAUAACGGCAAGGUGGAGAUUCCCCAACUUUAUAUAGGCGACCGCACCAACAUGCUCUUGAGAAAUCUCAUCGCGUACGAGCAAUGUUCAACGGAUUCUAUGCUACAUGUUACAUCCUAUAUGGUGCUUAUGAAUUAUCUCAUCGAUACGGCAGCAGAUGUUCAAUUGCUUCAACAACAGGAAAUCAUUAUUGGUGACGUAGGGCACAGCCAAGAAAUUGCCAUUCUAUUUAACAAACUUGGCAUGAAUGUCAGCUAUAACUCAUAUAAAUUCUACCUUGUGGACGUCCUCAAUGCCAUGAGGAAGCACCACGACACUAGACGCAACAAAUGGCGCGCAAGGUUGAAUCGCGAUUACUUUAGUAAUCCUUGGGCAGUUAUCUCAUUAAUUGGUGCUCUUGUCCUAUUUCUUCUUACUGCGCUACAAAGCACGUUUGCUGUUCUGAGCUAUUUUCGGCCGCCAAAGUAGCUUCCUCAAUUAAAAGAAAUUGUCAGAACAAGGGGAUGCUUGUUGUUGUUGUUCAGAAACUAAUUUUAAUUUGUUGUUUAUGAAGGACCGUAUCAUAUGCAUGUGUAUGAAGAGAUGUGCUG